AUGGCGUUCCUGAGCGUGCUGACUUCAUGGCCUGUGCUCCUGGCAGGAAUCUUGUGUGUUGUUCUCGCUGCAGCGGUGUACGCUUUUCUCGCGUUGCUUCGGUGUCUGUACGAUUCGAUCCCUCCAGUCGAGCCGUCGUCAACUCCCCCCAACGCCGACGCAUGUGCGCUCUUCCGGCACCUUCCAUUCCUUGCCGGCCGGCUUGCAUGGAAGCCGUUGGGCGUAUUCCCGACUCCAGUCCACAAAGCGAGUCUUCUAACCCUUGACCCGACGAUGUCGUUUUACAUCAAAAGGGAAGAUUUGUCGAGUCCCAAGUACGGAGGCAACAAGGUGCGCACACUCGAGCAUAUCCUUGCUUCAUGCGUCGAACACAAGCUGUCCUAUCCGAGUUCAUCGCUCUUUAGCAUCGGGUCUGCCGGGUCCAACAUGAACGUGGCGUCGGUUGUGCAUGGCCAGUCACUUGGCCUGCCAGUCCGCCCGUGCUCCAUCAGCUGCGACGCCCCAGAUUUCGACAACACUCUCAACUUGCUCUCAAUUCUAUCCUUCGACCCCAAGCACAUGCAUGUGUGGACACAACGAUGGGCGUUUGCAAAAGCCAUGUUCCACUCCUUCAUCCGGCCAUCUCAAGAGCUCCACGGCAGUAAGAUCAUGCCUCCUGGCGGGAACAACCUCCUGGGGGUCCUCGGGCAAAUGGGUGGCCUGCUGGAGCUGGCCGAGCAAAUUCAGGCUGGCGACGUUCCGAACGUAGACAUUCUCUACGUCCCUGUGGGCUCGUCCUGUACGCUCACCGGUCUUGUGCUGGGGUUGUGCCUUGCCCGUCAUUUGAACCUGGCUGCGUUUCAAACCAGCUUGUUUCAUAUCGUUGCCGUGCCCGUGCAUCCAGGCAUUGCGAAAUUGCAACGAUUUUUCGGUUUGUACAAGUCAUCUCCACACGUUCCUCUGUUUCCGCGCUUUGGCUUUCGACGAGUCGCUGCGUAUUUGAUGCAACAAGGCCUCGACGUAAACUUGGAGCCCCUCGCCAUCGACUUCCUCAAGCAUCACGUGCAUUUCGUCACAGACCCUGACAUCAUUGGCGAGUAUGGAACACACAGCGUAGCGAGUUUGGCCGCAGCUACCCACAUGGACGUGGGAUGCCAAGUCGAAGGAAGUUGCCCUUUGUGGAGCAAACCGGGGUCGGUCGCGAACGAUUUCAAGCCAUGGCUUUGCGGGCACUUUGCCUCCAAACCGUUCGCAAAACUCAUGCAUGACCUGCAUCUCGAGCGAGCUGAGAUCAACGGCUCUUGUGCGCCAAUCAAACCAAAAGUGCGCUUGCUCUGGCUCACAAAGAGCUACACCCAACCGCGUGGAGAUGCUGACGAAUGGACCAAGUUCUCGACGCUAGCAAAAGACAAGCCCAUUAGGGAAUGGGCCGAGAAAGGGCGCGCGUACUCUCUCUUGCGCCCAGGGCAUAUCAACCUCGCGCAUGGAAGCUCCAAGGAUUACCGGCAUGUGAUGACUUUCGUCGGAGGUGCCGGCGUCAAGCCCCAAAGCCCAAUUAAAUUGCCUGAAAAAUUCCCGGAUAUGCAUCAGGGCGUAUCCGGCUAA